AUGAUAAACAGAUUCAGGUUGGUGAUAGCUGUGUUGGUGACUGCAUGUGCAGGUCGGCCCGAUGACCUGUCAUGGGACUUCAGUGAAUGGCAGCCAAUCCAUGCCCCUUGCCCGACAUGCCGCCAGGGCCGUGUCCUUCAGGCCGCUCCUGUUAUACCCAUAAAGUUACCGAAAUCCACGAAGACAGGAGCGGUGAAAGCUUCCCUGGUGCCCCUUCCACAGAGCUCCCCGGCACCAACUUUCCCCCCCGCUCGCACUUCCCCUGCCCCGACGUCUAAGCAGCAGGGAGGCCGAGUGCAGCUGGUCUAUCUUCCUGAAGGAUCUAUACAGCAGCUGAGUUCAGCAAACGCGGCCCGCAUCAUACCAACAUCCCGAGCCCCUCAAAGAGUAGAAUCCCUAGAUGUUGUUCCUCCUCCACCUGCUCCUCAAGCCAUCCAGAGCAUUGAGUUUUCAGAUAAGCAGAAGCGUGAUCACGAAGGAAGAAUUGUGCAAGGAGGAGUAAAUAAUGCUUUGCCUAUGUCUCUGGUAACUGCCCAGGGGAAGGAGGGAGAUGCAUUAGAAAAGCUGCGUCUAUUGGAGACAGCUCUGUCUACUUCAUCCCAAGAGGCCACCGUGAACCAACAGGAUGGACGUCUACCAAGAGUGUUCAUCGCCCCUUCACAUGUCCCACCACCCCCUGGCUAUGUAAAGAUUCCUCUAGUUCCCCAAGGUGGCUCAGGCGCACAAGACCCAAGAGGUGCUGCUCCUCUUCCUCCUACCUUCCUCACUCCCGAUAACCGCAGUCCACCUCCAGGAUUUGUUAAGUUUGACCUUCCUCCUGGUGUGAACCAGCUGUCACAGGAUAUCCCUGUGGUCGUCCCAAAUUCUCAGAUUGGGCCAAGCUUCCAACCUGGACGCCCUGCCCUCUCGCCCUUCCCUGGCCUUACCCGACCAGAUGCUUCCAUAAACUUCCAGGCACAAGAUGAACGUGAUGCCAAAUCUCUUGGAACACCCCAAAGCAAACCAUCAAUCCAGACAAUUCCACAGGGAGAAGCAAAGCCGAUCUCCCCAACGACCACUCCCAGACCUAGUCCAUUGCCCACCACUAGACCUCCAGUCCAGGCCAGACCUACAGCCUCCCAGCCACAGCCGUUCCCUCCUCGCCAGCCAUUCCCUUUCCCCCAGCAGUUCCCCCAAAAUCCUAAUCAGCCACGUCCUUUCAACUCCAUACCAGGCCAACCACCUUUUACUGGAUUCGCUGCACAGCAAUUCCCUCAAACAAGCCAACUCUUCCCUCAGCCUGGUCAGCCAUUCAUUCAACCAGGUCAACCAGUCCCACGUCCGGGCCAGUUUCCCCCUCGCCCUAAUCAACCUUUCCCACAAGCUGGUCAGCCGUUCCCACAAGCUGGGCAACCAUUUAGACAACCAAUACAGCCCUUCCCCCAAGCUGGCCAACCUUUCCCACGUCCUGGGCAGCCAUUCCCACAACCAGGUCAACCUUUCCCACAACCUGGGCAACCAGUCAUUCAGCCAGGACAGCCGAUUCUUCCUCCACGUCCAAACCAGAACCAGACUAUCUUUAGAGAACAACCCAUCAGGCCUGAUUUCCCUACAAUUAAUGGCUUUCAACCAAACUUCCCGGCCAUUUUCCCACCAAAUCCCUUCCAGCCUAGGAUACCCCAACAGCCUUCUCCACGGCCGCCAACACUACCUUCCCCACAGCCGUCACCUCGACCAGCACAAAUCACCCCACGACCCCCUGUCCUUCCAGAAAGACCCAGUCCAUCACCCUUCCCCACAACCACCACUGCAGCUCCUACAACAUUCCGUCAAACCACACCUAAUUCUGUUUUGGGGACGACUCCCCGACCCCAGCUAGUAUCUCAGACAUCAUCAAGACCUUUCCCUGAUCCCUUCCGUUCGCCGAGACCAACACCAUCUCCGUCCCCUAGACCUACACCAAGGCCAGUUGUAACCACUCCAAGACCAACACUAAUCACGUCACCAACAACUCCAUCAAGACCCUCUGAAAUCACACCAGCUCCUCAGCUGACCCCUAGGCCAUUACCUUCAACUUUUGAUUCUUCCCCAAGACCUUUUGAUUCUUCCCCAAGACCUUUUGAUUCUUCCCCAAGAAUACCAUUAUUCCAAGGAACCUCUACACCUAACUUCCCAUCCUUCCAGGCAACAGGAGCACCUCAGAUUCCAUCCUUCCAGGCAACAGGAGCACCUCAGAUUCCUUCCUUCCAGGCUACAGGGGCACCCCAGAAUCCAUCUUUCCAGACAACAGGGGCAACUCAGCUUCCAUCCUUCCAAACAACUGAUGCACCACGGAUUACACCCUUCGAAGGCACUCCAGCUCCUAGAAUUCCAUCUUUCCAAGGAACAACAACGCCUGAAAUCCCAGCUUUCCAGACCACUGGAGCACCACAAAGAAUAACAGUCCAAGAAAGACCUAGGAGACCUAAAUUCCCAUCCUUCCAGAGACCAAGGAUUACAACUGCUUCCCCUGAAGAAGAUCUGACAACCAUCCCCGAUGAAAAUGAUUUUCUGACACCAGCACCCACAACUUUCACAACCCCAACGCCACCAACUUCAACCACUAUCAAGGUUACUACAUUCAAACCCAGAUUUAACUUCAAUGUUGGCAGUAGACGGCCAUUCAUUAGAAGGAAGCCUCGACCCACUCCUGUAAAUGACGGAAAGAAGGACAAUGAGGAGAAAAAGGUUGAUGGUCUCAAGAAAACUGAAAGUGCCACUCUUUUCCCACCUUUUUCAGUCGCCCGCACUCUUAACCCACUUAGAAAAGAAGAAGAAAAUGCUGGAGACAGUUCCUCUGCUAGUCAAGGAAUCACAGUUCCACCAGCAGGAGUCUUUGGAAGACGUCUUCGUCCCCGCACAAGGAAACCCUCCACCCAGUCUGAGGGAGAUUCUGAUUCCCCAGUCAGCACACCAGCCUUAAGAAACCGUGAUACCCCUAGUGCAAGAACCCGCCAGUUGCCAGCAUGGUUGAAGUCCCGACGUCGUUUGCGUGGACGCUUCCGCAGCACCACAACAACAACUGAGCCUUCAGCACAGGAUAUUGAUUACAUUGAUGAUACUCCAGUUGACAUAUUAGACAAUAAUGGAUUUAAUGGAGCCGAGUCAACAUUAGUGGUUUUCAGCCGUCCACCUCAAAAUGAGGUUGGAGAACAUUUUAUUCCUGAAGAUGCAGUCAAAACUCUUGCAGAAGAAGCUGAAGCUCUUAAGAAUGAAGAGGUUGAAGAAGCCUUAAUAGCUGCUGAGGAGGCUGUUCUAAGUUAUGCAGAGGAAGUUGAUGCAGAGUCUAAUCGUGAAGACGCCAUACACAGCCUUGAAGAAAACGCAAAAAUAACAGAGACUGACGGUGAGGAACCACUGCCAGAACCAGAAGCAGAACCUCAUGAACCACAAGCAUCAUACGAGGACUACAGUGCUGAGACGACGGAUGUGGCUCCUGAACCGGAACCCGAACCAGAGCACCAAACAGAGUAUGUAACUGAGUAUAAUGAGUACAAGGACGACAAAGAGGACAACCUUGAGACGCUUCACACCCCUGACCAAUCCAAUAGAAAUCCCCCUUCACUCCCCCAUACCCAGCCUGAUAGUCAUGCUUCCACUCACUCUCCUGCACAUGCACAACCUGCUGGUGGUUUUUACCAAAACACCUCAGUAGAAAACCCAACAAUAAAUUUGGUGGUAGAGCAUCCUGUAGAACACAUAGUAGAUGAAGUAGUUGAAGCUGUAGACGAUGCGCUAGAAGACAAUGAUAACCCCAUAGCUCUGCUUACAGACACACCCUUCGACGACGUGACUGAGGUACCUGUACAGUACGACACUGAGCCUUCUCUAGAGUAUGAUUAUGAGUCGGUAACAGAUCAGGCAAGUAGUUCCCAUGAAUUUAAUGAAACAGAAGUUGUUGAUGAGACCUUUCAUGUAGCUGGGCAGGAAGAGGGGGAGAAGGAGGGGGGAGAGCUAGAAAGUGAGGAGGAAGAGGAUGAGCUAGAAAGUGAGGAGGAAGAGAAUGAGCUAGAAGGCGAAUCACAGAACUACGACUACUAUGAAUACGACCACUAUGCUGAUGCGGACUACACGGAAGGAGUGGACCAGCGUUUCAGCGGCAGCAACGCGCAUGUGAUCUUCGCUGUGCCCGUCACUGAGUACAUUCCAGAAGACACAACACAGAUAAACCUGGAUGAGGAAGCCACAGAAGAGGUCAUAGAUCAGGCAACAGAAUUCUUCCCCACCACGGACAACUUCGCAGAGGAGGCUGAUACCGAGGUCACAACCGAGUACACAGCACCAACAGAGGACGAUUCCAUGAUGAAGGAAACGAUGGGUGAAUCGCAGUUAGAGAGAUCAGAAUCAACAACGCCAUUAGUAGACGAAUAUACCACACUAAAUCCAUUUGAAUCUGAUUCUGAUGCGAUAACCACAGUGCCUACAACCGAAUUGGGCACGAUCGACCUUGGUAUCACCACGACAGCCCGACCUGCCUCCUUGCGGCCCCUCCACACCCGUCUCCAAGAAGUGGGCAAGAAAGCUGUGCGCCCAAUCGACAAGAAGGACUCCCGCUCACCCAAAAUCCUGAGCGAAUCUACCAUCCGAGAGGUGCACGCCUCAGACCCAGUCGUCUGUUUCCGCGACAACCGCUGCUUCAGGACCAGGGGGCUCAGGCGACGGCGAGCUGCACGCCGCUCAGCCUCAGGUCCUGCUCUGCCGCUCAACCCCUAAGAGCCUGAGACCAAGGGCUCAACGCCCACUCAGGCCUCAAUAAGUCCCGUGUUUCAUGCCAUCUUUUGAACCCAGUAUUUUUAAGACGAUGAUAAGCCAAAAUCAAGUUAUCUUUAAGAUUAGGAGACAGGUAACCGUAAUAGCCUUGUACAUAUAUAGUAUCAGUAUAGUUUAUUUGCACAUCAUCCCCUCUAUGUAUGCGCGAGUAACAUUCUAGUUGUACAUUUUAUAAUACAAAUAUGUGUGUAUUUGGAUAUGUAAGUGUGUGUUUAUAUGUGUGUGUAUAUGUAUAUAUACACAUACACACACACAUACACAGAUAUAUAUAUAUGUGUGCGUGUGUGUGUGAUUGUGUGUAUAUAA